UCUUUCCUCCUCUGUCUCACUCUCCUUUCUGCUCGCAGGCUGUUCAGAGUCCGUGUGGAGUACGUGGAAACCAAUAGGAUGACGGUUCCGUAAUAGAUGCAAAUGAUCCAGAAAAGACACUGGGAAAUAUGAACAAACUCAUUUGCUCCGAAGUAAAUCACGGAAAACUGUUUAUGAACUGGCACCUCUCCUUGGAAAUGUAAAGCGAGAACUCUUUUUAAGUGCCGAUUUUUUUUUUAGGGGGGGCUGAAGAAGAAGGAGGGGGGAAAGAAGAAAAAGGAGAAGAGCGAGAGAGAAAGACAGAGCGAGAGAGAGAAAGAGAGAAAGGAAUAAUAAUAAUAAUAACAAUCACAACAACAACAGCAACAACAACAACAGCAACAACAAUAAAAAAGGGGAAUCCGAUACCAUGUACUGUGGCAAAGAGUUUUGAUUCAAUCCUCGGGAUUUUUCCCCCCCUUCUUCCUUUCUUUUAAUCUAUGUAUAUCUGUAUGUAUCCCUGGAAACCACAAAGACUCGUGGGUUAGCAUCUCAUCGCUUCCAUCUGAUUCCGUGGCUAAAUAUCCUGUGGCUUUUUGAUAGACCCUCACCUUGUUACCUGCCUCUUUACCUAUUUAAAACAAGCUAUUUAUAUGACAAUGAGCUCCUAUUUCGUCAACUCCCUCUUCUCCAAGUACAAAACCGGGGACUCCUUGCGCCCCAACUUCUACGACUGUGGCUUCGCCCAGGAGCUCGGAGGGAGACCGACGGUGGUGUACGGGCCGAGCACCGGGGGCACCUUCCAGCACCCCACCCAGAUCCAGGAGUUCUACCACGGAGCAUCGUCUCUCUCCAGCUCCCCUUACCAACAGAAUCCCUGCGCCGUAGCGUGCCACGGGGACCCCAGCAACUUCUACGGCUAUGACCCGUUGCAGAGACAAAGCAUCUUCAGCGCCCAGGAGUCCGACCUGGUGCAGUAUCCCGACUGCAAGCUCGCCUCCGCCGGCCUGGGAGAAGAGGCGGACAACUCGGAGCAGAGCCCGUCUCCCACGCAGCUCUUCCCGUGGAUGAGACCGCAAGCAGCCGCCGGACGGAGGAGAGGCAGGCAGACGUACAGCCGCUACCAGACCCUGGAGCUGGAGAAGGAAUUCCUUUUUAAUCCUUACCUGACCCGCAAGCGGAGGAUCGAGGUGUCGCACGCUCUGGGACUAACCGAGAGGCAGGUGAAGAUCUGGUUUCAGAACAGGAGGAUGAAGUGGAAAAAGGAGAACAACAAGGAUAAGUUCCCCAGCAGCAAAUGCGAACAGGAGGAGCUGGAGAAACAGAAAAUGGAACGGGCGCAGGACGCGGAGGAGGCCGGAGAAACACAGACGGGGGACAAGAAGUAGGAGCUGGAAGAGUGGACAGGCAAGCCGCAGGAAAAAAAGAGAAAGAAAUAAAGGAAAAGCCCCAACCUUUCCUCCUUCCAUUAAUGCCAGUUAAUCUGGAAGCGGCGGAAGAAAGGAGUUACAAUAAAGUUUACAAGCCACAAUU